AUGUGACGUCCUUCAUCCAGCUUCUUUCGAUCUAAUAGUAUAUUGAAUUACUAUUUUUCAAAGACAUCAACACCAAAUUCCGCAUCAAUUUUGGACAAUUCAGAUAAUAUACUUCCAGAUGUUCCAAUCGGUCCACCUAAGAAUCAUUCAAAAAAUAGUCUUGGUGCCCCUCCGUCGCCCAUUUUACCUCCUGCAAAUCAAUCAGAUGAAGAUAAAGAUAUCGUUAAUCCACCUCCUUAUUCAAAAUUGGACAACAAUAACGAAAAGCCAAGUUCAGGUAAUUCUAAAAUGACAACUGAUGAAGAUGAUGAGUUAAUUAGAAGGUUUGAAGCUUUAAAGAAGAGAUAGUUAAAAUUAUUUAUAAUUAGUUUAUUGACUUGAUUUUAGCCUUGUACAAGUUAAUCUUUCUAUUAAUUAUCAUAAUUAUAGAUAUUAUUUAUAAAUUAUUUUACUUUAUAUUAGUUUUAUUUCUUAUUCGGAGAUAGAAAUAAUAAUGUAAAAUAUUUUUAAUAU